CUCUCCCCCAUUAACUUGAUAGGCAAAUAUGUUCCAUGCAAUCAGAUUAGGCCGAAGUCCACCGCCGAGUGUUCUAACGACACCUCUACCGCCGCAGCUCCGCCGUAGAAGUUCGCCUGAGCUCCGGUCCCGUCAGGUGAUUGGGUUGGCCACCGCACCAGCUGAUCAGAGUUCGGAUAACAUGGACGACUCCAAGAACACCGUCAAAAAGACUGGAGACAUAAUGUCUCAUUCCUUCGGGGAAGGGUAUGCGACGAGGUCGGAUGAAGAAGGAUUUGGAGGCAUUUAUGGAGGCAAUCGGUCCGACGACGAUGACACCGAGGGAAAAAAUGGCGUUAUCCACGAGAAUCACCCUGAAUAUGAUAAAAGCCAAGGGAGCGAAGUGAAGGAGAAGGAGAAUUCUCGCCAUCAAACUCAUGCAAAUCGAUGAGAGAGCCCUCCUCGCAGGGAGUCUAUGUUGCUCCGUAACUAUUUUGUAUUUUUUUUUUUUCUGGUUUCAUGUGUUUGGAAAUUUAGCUUAUUAUUAUUAUAAGCACUUACUACACUUUUAUACUUGUGUGUAAUCCGGUGCCUAUCUUUUAAUUAUAGGAUCUAAAUAAGUGCUCAAGUUUUUUCCAAUAUAGUGUUUAA